AUGUUAUAUUCGUCCGAUAUUGCUGAAGCCCAGUCAUUAGUAUGCCCCGCCGUACGCACAACCAGCGGUUGGUUGGACCUGUUCCCGCUGCCAUGUCGUAAGUCCUCUGAAUGCCGGACCGUCAUGGGGCCCUCGCACGUCUGUUGUAAGGGCUACUGCACUAAGGGCGUCGCAGCGCAGAUCCGAAACGUGACUAACCAGUCCAGCACAAGCACAUCCAGUACAAGCACUAGCACAACAACCACCAGCACAACCACCACGACAACGACAACCACUACAACUCCAAGUACCACCAGCUCCACGACUACUACUACGACGACAACGACGACGACGCCCAAGCCGACGACGACGGAAGCGCUGCGGCCCUACUUCACGCUGCUGCCUAUCAUCCCCGCACCAUCUACAGCCAAGCCCACUAAAGCUGCAGUGAAGAAAGGCAAACAACAACAGAAGCUAGUGUGUCCAAAGUCAGGACAGUCGGCGUUCGUGUUAUUCCCGGUGCCGUGCGAGAACAGCGCGCAGUGCCGCAAGAGCAGCGGAGCCGACCACGUGUGCUGCGAGUCGCGCUGCGUCAAGGGAGUCCCGGCGCCGCGCUCCGAGCCUAUUCAGCAAGCUUCACAUCAACCACUUCUCGGCGUGAUACCGCGAGAGUGCCCGUCACAGCCGCUGGGAGAGCUCCUGUUCGAGGUGCAGUCUUGUAAGACUGAUGCAGACUGCUGGCCGAGGGUGUGCUGCCCUGAUGGCAAGAGAUCCUACUGUCGGACGGCGAAGGCCAGACUAGAUUUAGUGCCGGUAGUCGGCAAUCAAAUCAAUCAACCCGUGCGUGCGCUGGAGCAGUACCUGCAGUGCACGGCGCCGCCCAAGCCCGACCUGUUCCCGAAGCAGUGUCAAUCCAGCGUGGACUGCUUCCCUAACCUGUGCUGUGCGGAGGGCGGCAAGAAACACUGUCGCCCGCCACAGAGGAGUUUGCUAGCUUUGUUAGCAGGCAUGGGACAGAGAUUUGGAACCACCCUAGUGAACCUGCGGCAAGCACAAGCAAAUAGAGAUAAUAAUAAAAUAUAAAAAAUAGGCAUUAAGUGACUUAUUAUAAGUUAAUGUUUUGUACUUUUAUAUUUAAAAUAAAAUUGUUGUUCUAAA